AUAUAAGUACUAGUAGUUAGUAAUGAGUUGCAUAACAAUGGGGGGGCUAGCCAUGAAGACGGUGAUGUUGAUCUUGUUCUUGUCAUCAGUUGUCGUUGUUGUGCAUGGGCAGGCUUUGGUGCCGGCGAUCAUAACAUUUGGGGACUCAGUUGUGGAUGUGGGCAAUAAUGACUACCUUCACACCAUAUUCAAGGCUGACUACCCUCCUUAUGGUAGAGACUUCGUCAACCAUGAACCUACUGGCAGGUUCUGCAAUGGCAAGUUGGCCACAGACAUCACCGCUGAGACUUUGGGAUUCACUAGUUAUCCACCUGCUUAUUUAAGUCCACAAGCUUCUGGGAAGAAUCUUCUUAUUGGUGCUAAUUUUGCCUCUGCUGCUUCUGGCUAUUAUGAUAAGACUGCUUACUUUUAUCAUGCCAUCCCAUUAACACAGCAAGUGGAGUACUUUAAAGAGUACCAAUCAAAAUUAGCACAGGUUGCAGGAAGUAAGAAAGCAUCUUCCAUCAUCUCAGAAGCUUUGUAUCUUGUGAGUGCCGGUAGUAGUGAUUUUGUCCAAAACUAUUACAUCAACCCAUACCUUAACAAGGUCUACUCACCUGAUGAGUUCUCAUCUUUUCUCGUCUCCAUCUUUUCCACCUUUAUUCAGACCAUUUAUGGAUUGGGAGCUAGAAAGAUUGGAGUGACAUCAUUGCCGCCAUUAGGAUGUCUGCCGGCAGCGAUAACGCUGUUCGGAUACGGCAGCAAUGAGUGUGUGUCAAGGCUCAACUAUGACGCUCAAGGUUUCAACAAAAAGCUCAACGCUGCUGCCACCUCUCUUAUGAAGAAGUACCCAAAGCUCAAGAUUGUUAUCUUUGAUAUCUAUCAACCUCUCCUUGAUCUCGCCACCAAGCCUUCUGAUCAUGGAUUUUUUGAGGCAAGAAGAGGAUGCUGUGGGACAGGGACAGUGGAGACAACUGUAGUGUUAUGCAACCCGAAAUCAGUGGGAACAUGUCCAAAUGCCACUGGAUAUGUAUUCUGGGAUAGUGUCCAUCCAACGGAGUCUGCCAACCAAGUCCUCGCUGAUGCCCUUAUACUCCAGGGCAUUGACUUAAUCUCUUAAACACAUAUAUAUAUAUUUAUAUUGAAGAGCCAAACCUCAUUGUUGUUGUCAUUAAUAAAUGCACCUACUGUUUAUUACAACCUUCUUUGAGGAUUAUUAUUAUUAUUAUUAUUAUUAUUAUUAUGGUUUUUGAGAGUUUGGAAUAAGGUUUAUGCCAUAUUAGUGUGGUGGUGUUGUAGAAAAUUGUUCUUCUUCUCUAAAUGAAUAUGAAUUAUGUAUGCCCAUCCAUUCUC